UAAACAAGAUAAAAAUCCGUGCAAUGAGACAUUCAGAAAUGGAAGCUGUCGUGUUGCGGAGUUACGGUGGUACAUCGGGAAGCGGCUGGCACGCGUGUGUUGGAUUUCUCCCCUCGUCAGAUUCUCCAAGAAGCACACCCACCUCAUUAUCUAAAUCAUAGAGGUGAUUGGAAGAUUAUGGGGCCCACUAGAGGUGCAGUAAUUGGAAGUGGAAAGAAAACGAAAGAGACGGUGUAUGGUUGUGUGGAAGGUGUUUGAGAGGAUGAUUGAGGAAAAUAAGAGAGUAUGCUGGAGGGGUUGGCGAAGAAAAAGAUGGAAUCUGCGAUGAAGUUGAAAGAAAAUCAUGAGUUCAUCCAACCACUUCAACCAGGGCAGCAGAUUUUUAGCAAGUAAGCCAAGGAAUGAGGUUGAUGCUAAAGAAGAAAUCUUCAGAAUUGAAGGAAACACAACAUUUGCGACAAACUAUGGACGUUGGUUGGAAAAACACAAUAAACUUAUUUGUGAGAUACGGAGUGCUUUAAAUGAUGAAGUUGUUGAUGACAAACUAGUGUUUCUUAUAGAUAUUUCAUUGAAGCACUAUUUGGAAUUCUCAGAAAUGAAAACAAGUGAUGUCAGCAAUGUUGCUUGGUGCACAGCAGCUGACCAAAGUCUGUGGUGGAUUGGAGGAUUUCGCCCUUCUAAACUGCUCCAGGUUAUUGUGCCUCAACUUCAACAUUCGUGUUCUCAGCAGCAACUUUCUGAUAUUUGCAAUCUUGUACAAUCAUGUGAACAAGUAGAAUAUGCUCUUGCACGAGGCAUGGAGAAACUUCACCAAAUCCUUCAUAAUGCAACAACAGAAGGUGAGAGAGGAUUAAAACUGACGUCUGCCCCACAACAAAUGAGAUUUCUAAAGCAGGCGAAUGAUGUUCGACAGGAAUUUUUGCAUCGACUAUGUGGUCUGCUCACAAAUAGUCAGUAUGCAGAAUUCUUACUUUGUUUGGGGGAAUGCCUCUAUAAUCCUUCCAGCUCACUUUGAACACUCCAUCAAAUAUGAAAGUGGAAACGUUUAUUCUUAAGUUUAUUACAAAUUAUAAAUAAAUAUUUUUGGGUAUAUUUUAUUUGCAGAAAAGUUUCAUUUUCUUAUUUACAAAGUUCUUAUUCUCAUAUUUUAGAUCUUAGUAGUUCAUUAGUUUAACUUAUAAUCCACUAAUCUAGUACAUUGAUGCAAUUUUUAAAACAUAAUAAUGACCAUAGUUCCAACU